AUGCACGGAAAUAGUUUUACGCCAAGGUCCUACACAGAAAAUUCUUCUGAAGAAAAUAAGUUCAUUGACCUCGCAGACAACUUCCAUCGCCAAUUUAAAUUUCUUUAUCCUGACAGAAUUCGACCGCCUCUAUAUUUAGAGAACGAAAAUGGUAUUAAGAAACUUAUUUGCACUUCCUUAUGUCCUCACAAUGUUAUUAUGCCAAAUGAGAUUAGAGAAUGGGAGUACUGUGCAAAUUUUUUCUCGGACUAUUUAGACUAUGUUGUACUAAAUCCAGUAGUUGAUUACCCGAAGAUACUUCCUUCUUUAGAUUACCUUUUGAGAAAGAAGAAAGCAAACAGUCUCGAAACGAGCAUGCUGCUUUGUACCUUUUUACUGUCUUCCGGAUAUGACGCCUAUGUUGUUCAAGGAUAUGCAAGAAGACAUAUUUGUGAAAAACUUCAAAAUGAUAUGCCUAGUCCAGAUUUUAAGUUCAAAGGUAAAAUGCUUUCUGCAACCGAAACUGAUAGCUCACCCCCAGAAGAGGAAUCGAAAAUGAGUAAAUAUUGCAUUAAUUUUGAAAAAGAGAGGAAACUUUGGUUGGAAGGCAAACAAACAGUUGAAUUUCAAAAGGAAAUCAAAGUUGAAGCUGAGGACAAACAGGAAAUUCCAGAUGAAUUGUUUGGAAAACGAGUUCACUUCUGGGUUUUAAUUUGUAACUGUAAAAAUAACGAAAAGUUUUUUAUUGAGACAUCGACUGGAGAGAAAAAAUUACCUGAUGAUUCUGACUAUUUAGGAAUAGAGUUUGCGUGGAACGACAGAAAUUUUUGGUAUCAUAAGAAAAUUUCUUUGGAAAACUGCCAAGAUAUAAGCUAUGAUUUUGACGACGAGCUGCAUUGGGAAGCAUUCCUUCCUAAUUUUAGCUUGGAGAACCUUUCUUCUGGUAAUAAUCUACACCUUCGAAUGCCACAGACAUGGCUUUAUGAUAUAGAGAUAACAGAAGAACAAGUUGAAAACAGGUAUCCUUCGGGUGGUAAAGUGACAAAAUACAAAACAGCUAAAUUAGAAAAAUAUAAUUCAAGAGAGCUUAAAGAUGGACUUGUAUACAAAGUAACUCAUUACGCCACAGAAACUUCGGAAGGACCUAAAAUUUCGUAUUCAUUCUAUGAGGGACGAAAAGAUUGUUUAGAAUACAGAAUGGUAAAUUAUGAUAAAGGGAAAGUAAAAGAAAAAUUUUCCAAGGGUAGAAAUGAUGCUCUUAGAGAACAUAUUUAUCACAUGGAGAAACUACCAUCCUUUGAGGAGAGUUUAAAAUUUUAUCAUUACUUAAGACCAGACAACCUCUUUAAGAGGGAAUGGACAAAUAUGUGGUCGAAAGAAUACUUUAAAGAAAGAACAGAUUGUGUUGUUGCCAGAGAAGUUUCUUACAUUGCUGAUGAUGAGUUCCGAGGCCAUAAAAACAUUCCGGAAGCAGAAGAAAUCCUCAAAAAGUCCUAUUUUCCUUAUUCUGAGCAAGAUGCUAAAUCUGUUGUUUCGGAGCAAAUACGUCACGAUUUGGAGUCAAAUUUAGACCCUAGCAAUAAGAAAUCAUCGUAUGAAGUGCUUAAAACUUCUUCAUGUGAGCCUUCUUUCCUAAAAGGCGAGUUUUCAGAGAAAGAAGUUUCAAAUGUUGAAAAAAAGGUAUCAUCAAGUGGUAUUUCAACUGAAUCAGUGUCAACCGUUUCUGAGAUCCCCUCCGAAACCGGAGUAACUUCAUCUUCUUUUGAUACUACAGAAGAACUAUUUUCAAAUACCAAUUUCUCCGAAUGGAAAUUUAAAGAUUUUUUAAACAGCUUAGACGAAGCGGAAAGAUAUGCUACAUCAGAAUCGGAACCUGAAUCUGAUGACGAUGUCGUAUCAAAAGAAAUAAACACUAAAGAAGAUAAGGGAGAUCAAGGGGGUAAGAAAACAAACGAUAUAGAAAAGAAUAAAACUGGUGAAUGCAUUAAUACAACUGAUAAAACAGAGGGCUUAACAACAAGUAUCAAAACCGAGGGUGUAAAAAAUGCCGAGUCCAGUCGUGACGGAGCAACAACUUGCAGUGAGAAGGAAAUUGAUGCCAUGGAAAGAAAAAAUGCGUUUAAUACAGAGGAGAAUGAACAAAAUGACAUUUCAACUGUAGAGAAUUCAGAUAUUAAAACAGAAGUUACUGACAAAACAAGCAGUGUAACUAAAACAAGAAGUAACUCCGAAAAAAUGGUGGGUAUUGACAAAACUGAGCAAUCCCAAGAAGAAAGGAUAAAGCAGAAAAACGAAAACAUAGAAAGUUACGCUGCAGGACAUGAAAAGAUGCUUACACCAAAAAAUGUAAUGCAAAACGGUUCCAAAAAUAUUAAGAGCAAAGCUCAAGUCAAUGACAGAUACGAAACUGAAACUCAAGCAAACAGAAGUUCAGAGAUGAAUAAAUCUAAUAAUGCGGAUGCUUUUGAAGAAAAUGCACAAAAUGAGGGCAAAGCGCCCAAAAAUAUUCUAAAUGCAAAAACUGAUCAAGAUGCCCCUCAGGUAAAAGGUCAAAACGUAGUUACAGACGUAGCAGAAACAGAAGUGGAACUGAUAGAUACCAUCAACUUUGAAAAGCUUUCCGACGAAGAAUUAGAAAUUGAUUAUGAACUUUUUUUAACCCAAAUAUGGGAAAAGUAUUCUGACACAAGAAAUAAAGAAUUAUUUUUUAUGACACAUGAGUAUCAGAAACAUAAGGAUAUGCAAUCUAAAAGAAGUCUACAGACAAAGAAAAAAGUCAUCAGAAAACGGAGAAAAUAUGAUCGUUUUGUUCAAAGAACAGAAAAGGGGAAACCAGAUGUGCGUGUAUUUCAACAAAAAACCCAAGCAGCUGAUGAGCAUGACAUAUGCUCAAACUCACUUUUUGCCGACCUUGACUUGAUACGAAAAAUAAAUCUGAAAAAUGUACAAGAUGCAAGUAAAUUCUAUGAUUUAAAAGAUUUUGAAGAGUUAACCACGAAAUCUAAGGCUGAAAAUAUUAGCAAAGAAAGUAUGAAACUGUUAGAUAACAACCUUAAUAAUAUUCAGCAUUGUGAUUAUACUAGUAGAAGAUUAGGGUGCAUUAAAUAUUUCUAUUCAGAGGAUGCAGCCACUCAGAAUUCCAUUGAAAGUAUCUGGUUUUUGUUCGGAACAGGAAACUAUCGCAUCAAUUUCCAUUACCCAAAAAACCAUUCUAGCAGAAAAAUACUAUUUUUUUCAAAACCCGAUCAAGUUGGAACAGAAUUUCACUUUUCAGACAGCUUGUGCAGGCAAUUGCUACCACGAGAAAUUGCAAAAAGUGUGGGAAAGCCACAGCUCUAUUCGUACCUGUUGUCCCUUAUUAGAAAAGAGGUCGUUGUUUUGAGAGACCAUGAAAAAUUUGAAAACGAAAUGGUAAAUAUUCUUGCAACUCGGAAGAAAGAAGAGAAAGAUAUUAACAUGACCACAUGA